GUAAAAAAAUUUUAUUACAAUUGUCAAAAAGAUGCCAAAAGAUAUAAAUAUAGGCAAAAAUGCAGUCGUUUGUAAGGACAUUGAAAUUAGGGGCGAAAUACAAAUUGGAGCUGGUACAAUUUUACAUCCUCAAUGUAAAAUUCUUGCCUUAAAAGGUCCAAUUAUCUUUGGUCAGAAUAAUAUCGUUGAGGAAAAUGUGACAAUAAUUAACAAUUCACAGACAGCUUUGACUAUCGGAAAUGAAAAUGUUUUUGAAGUAGGAUGCUACGUUGAAGGAACGAAAAUUGGGAACAGGAAUAUAAUAGAAGCAAAAGCAAGGAUCUUAGGCAAUACAUCUCUAGGUGACAAUUGUGUUAUUGGUGCUGUAUGUUCGACCAAGAAAGAUGAGGUCAUUCCAGAUAAUACAGUUAUAUUCGGUGAUCAUAACAACCGACGAACUCAAACAGCAUCAGCUAAUCAACAGUCCAGCUUGCAUACACGCCAUUUGGAUUAUCUUCGAGAAGUUUUGCCUAAAUUUAACCAUGUCGCAUCUGAUUCGCAGGAAGCUGUUACUCACUCUGCUCAUUCUACUCAUUCGAGAAAAGUAAAACAAACAGCUUCCCAUUAGAAUACAUAAUCAUAAGAGCUACAAACUUUUUAUUUAUUCUUAGCAUUUGUAUUUUAAAAGAACAAAUGUCAAUCAUCCAAUUUUUUUUAUGAACUUCAGUUUUAUUAUUUUUAUCGCUUUUAGUUUAUUUUAACACGUAGUCAUUAAUAAUUUCUUUCUUUGUUAUUAAGGAACAAUUAGACAGGAUUAAGGAGACAAUCAAAUAAAAGUGAGGAACCAAGAAUAAAGUU